AAUUGAAAGAGGAGAAAAAAAAUCCACCUUCCAUGUCCACUGCUAGCUUUUCGGUACUGUGACUUCCAAGGUUUCUAUUACCCACGAUAAACUAUCAAGUCUAUCUAGGUACCUUAGUAGCUCAGCAGUUCCACUGAUAAUGGAAUACUCACCACUCUUUCUAUUUAGUAAGAGGAAUUUUUAGAUAUCUCGACAUGCUUACAUGCUACCUCAAGGUUUGAAACUUGAAACGGAUAAAAUAGAAAAUAAAGUGAAAUUGGUGACUUACUAAGUUACCCGAGGCUGUUGGCGCAUGCGCCGCAGGUGAUGAAUUCAUGAAGGGCACCGGUGUACUUGUUGCUCUUAAUUGCGGUGAACUGGUUGCCGAACUUGCAGCUGCCAGUGCUGAGACUCCAGGGAGUUGCGCUAUCGAUGCUGUUACGGAAGAUGUCGAACUCGGACGUGAUAUCGGUUCAAGGGUUGCCGGUAACGGCGCCGCCGCUGUACCUUCCUCCAUCACUGAUCGAAUUGGCGGUAGCGCCGGUGAUGAUGUUGUACGUGUCGGAAGAGGUGAGGUGAUUGGUGGUAGAUUGCUCUCGACCUGCAACGAUGCUACUGUGGAGGACGCCGUGGUGAAUAAAUUUCAAGGUCCCGAGAAAACUCGGAACUAACAAUCGUGGUGGGGAGAGGUCGAGGGUGGGUAUUAAUCGAUAUCAGUUACACCUUAAAUCGCCAAUGAUUUUACAGUAGGAUGUAUGAGGAAAUAUUUCGUGAUCGCGAUUUCAAGGAAGAAUAAUGUACAUGUGCGAUAUGUACCCAAGUAUGUAAAUUCGCUUUUUUUAGAACCCGCCGUAUAGAACCGUGAACCGUGAAAUCAAAAUAAGCCGAUUGGCAAUUAGAUAGUGGAGCAGGUAAUAGAAUGAACGAUUGACGAUUGAAGGUUAUAAGAUGUAAGUCGUGAAAUUCGCCCCGUACGUAUGGGUAGGUAACGUCAAGUAGUCAUGCAGAAAAUGAUCUAGACGAUAGGUUGAGAAAACAAGGUAUGUAGGAAGAGCACGCGGUGCGAGAGAAUUAGAUUCCCCUGAGCAUUCAGAUGUAGGACAGACACGUAGAAAUUGCAGAAAAAUUAUUAUUG